GCUAGUAACAUCACUUUCUAACAACACCUGAAGACGUCUAAUUUAAUGUCACUUAAAUUGAUGUCAUGUGAGUAAGAAAAAGUUUGAAGGUCAAGGUAUCAAUUUGGGGCGCAUCAAUGAAUGUUUAAUGAAAUAAUUUUAUUUCUUGAUCAUGAAGUGGACGAGUCUAGCACAGCUUCGAUGACGUAUUGUGAAUAAAGUCACGCGAUUAGAAUUGAGCUUAUUUAAUUCUCAUCGUAAUUU